AUGGCCGAACCAUCGAUCGCGCACCAGCAAUAUGUGCCGAGCGCCGGUCCUGAGAAGGCCGAAGCUGAAGCAUAUCUACAGUCGCUGAUCAACAAGACUUUGCGAGUCUACACUACUGACGCCCGCUUGUUUGUCGGCACCUUCAAGUGUACCGACCCGCAAAGCAAUAUUGUACUUUCGCUCACCCAUGAGUACCGCCAGCCAUCCCAGCAGAAGCUGCUUGAAGCUGCGGCUAGUGUGGAGUCGGAAACCGUGGCAGCUGAGAUGACAUCCCGCUACCUUGGCUUGGUGGUUGUGCCCGGGGAGCAUAUUGUCAAGAUUGAGGUCGAGGAAUUUGUCAGUCAAAUCAAGAGCCGAUCAAUUCUGGAGAGGCGAGAUAUAUAUGCUUCAGGUUAG